UGCUGCCGAAUUCACGCUGUUUGGAAGGCCUACAUAUAUAUAAUAAUGGAAUUAUAUUUGAUUAGAUAAAAGAGAAAAUGCCUCUAAACGAGAAGCAAACACGCACUAAGGUGCGUGGCAAAUUUCAUGUGAGACAUCGGCCCGAUAAAAUGAAAUAUGAAGCUGAAAGAAGACAGACAUUUAAAGCUUGGAGUGAAACAUGCCCUGUAAAGCCAAGAGAGCUGGCAAAGGCUGGAUUCUUUUACGUGGGAGUACUGGACAGAGUGAAAUGCUUUUCAUGUGGUGGACAGAUUGAGGGCUGGGAAGAGGGCGACACUGCCAUGGGUGAACAUAAAAACAUGUAUCCACAUUGUGACAUGGUAAAGAACCAGGACAAAAUAAAUGUUCCCAUUCCCGUUGGAGAGAAAAGAGGAGGUUCUGAGGAAACUGAUGGACACGUCUUCCAGAAUACGAAUGUUGACCAUGUACUUGUCUUUUGUAGACUUUAUUCAACUGUCAUUAAUUGUCCAGAUUUUACAAAGGAAGAGACGCGGCUAGAAACUUUCCGAGAUAAAUGGUCAGAUGAAUUCAAAUUACCUUCUUCCGAGACAAGGUGGCUGGCAAACGCUGGGUUUUUCUAUACUGGUCCCAAAGAUGGAGUUAGAUGUUUCCAUUGCGGAGGUGGUCAUAUGUGUUGGGAAGAGGAUGAUGAGCCUUGGAGUGAGCACGCCCAAUCCUAUCCAACGUGCGAAUGGCUUCUUGCAAUGAAGGGCAAAAUUUUUGUUGACGAAGUACAGGAAUACUGCAGGAAAUCAAAAGUGAAUGCGGCAGAACAAGGAACCCCGACUUCAGACACCUCGUCAGCUUCUACACCUGUGCCCAGGGCAGAUACGGCUUCGGGUUAUGCAGAAGAAGUACCUACAAAUCGGAUGGACAAGCUGAUGGGUAGCGCAACUGUAGAAUUUAUUCUAAAGAAUGGAUUCGCCGAGGCGUCCGUGCGUCAGAUUUUGGCCGAACACGCUCUUAAAAUGGACUUCUCAUCUUCAGACAAAUUAAUUGAAGCUCUACAGGCGAUCGAGAAAGGGAACAACUCAACUGAAGACAAAUCAGUGGGAUCUUUAGAUAGCCGGAUUGAGAUGCAGACAAAAGGACUUGCUAAUCUUGAGAUAAAAGGAGGUCCGAGACAGGAGGAAGCAUCGAAUAUUCAUUCCGAUCAGAAGACCUUCGUCACUGCAAAAUCUUCAGGACACAAUCGUAGGUUAUGAGGAUGUUAGUGAAAAAAUACUAUACUUUUAAAUGAUAGUCUUAUCAUCAAAUUAAUCAAAUGGAAAUAGAGAUUAUCUGUUCCAUUCUGACACAACAAAAGACUGAUGGAAAUGUGUAUUUAUUGAACAUUCUUUUCCAUUGUUAAUCUGAAUAAUUGCCUUGAAUCGAAUCAUUAGAACCAUUGCCGACAUCCCAUCGGAAUAGGUAUGAACCUAGUAGAGAAAAGGCCUCAUGCCACCAGAUUUUUUUUUUUGUGAGCAUGAAGUGGCCGGUCAUUGAACUCAUGUUGCUCUCAUUCAUUUGACUUAAAGUUUAAAAUAUAUUUCAUUAUAAGCAUGAUGAUGCAAUUUGUCAGUCGAACUACAGUCAUCUCUUUUUAAAAUCCAUGUUAAAGAAAUUUGUAUUGCCUAAAAGAUUUAGUAAAAUAUGAAAAUAUGAAUAUGUUUUCACAGUACAAUUUGCGUAACUGAAGUUCUGAACCAGUACAGAGCACGAUUUAUUCACCCUGUUAACAUUUUCUUUGUAAAGUCAAUUUUUUUUUUUUGAUCGAAACUGUUCAACGGUAUAAAAAGCCGCACUAUGAUGAUUUCUAUUUCGGAAGUGUAAUCUAGUAUACUGUACUUCGUGUACCAAACUAAUCCAUAUUUUCAGAAUUCAAAUGCCAAAUUUUUUUUGCAUCAAAAAAAAAUCCACAAGAGCUAACAAAAGGAAAUAAAAACAAAGAUACGACACCCAAUCUUACUAGAUGUAAGUUUUAGUAUAACGGUUUAUUUUUUUUCAUGUGGUUUCUCUUCAAGUUAACUAUCCUGAAUGGUUUAUUGCCUAUAUCAUGUCCACUUAAACAUGUCAAAUACAGCCCAUAUAAUACAACACUUUGGAGUGAAUUGUUAAAAGGGAACCGGUUAAAAAUAAUUACAUCUAAAUAAAUAGAGCAAAAUUCACUGAACAAAAUGCUAAACAUUUUCAUCGAAAUCGGAUAACAAAUAACGAAGUUACUGAAUCUUACACUUAAUAGCAAUAUUUUUUAAAAAAACAGUUAUUAUGCACAUUGCCAUGAAUAUUCAUUGGGUAAAUUGAUGCCAUGUCCCCUCUUUCAAAUUCCUUACGGUAUUCCCUGAAAUCGUAAUUGUACCGAUAUUUUUACACAUGUUUGUAUGAUUGUGGCCCCCUUGUAAUACAAUAAUUUCCAGUAACGAAAAUCAAAUGCAGUCAGUAAGUUGUUGAAUAAAAUUUCUAUAAUUCUUGGAGGACAAAACAAUUAUAAAAGACAGAGUUGGGGAUAUGACAUCAUCAAUUUGCUCAUUGAAUAUUAAUGCAUCCAUAGAACCGUUUCACCGAAAUAAUUCAAAUAUUUAACAUGUCAUAACUUUGUUAUUCUUGUCCGAUUUAGAUCAAUCUUUCAUUAUAUUGUUUGUCUGAUGUCUUACUUUUUUCGAAUCAUAUUAUUUUCACCAUGGAUGACCACUUUAAGCAUGUUUGAUUUAACAGAAAAAUGGCAGAUUUAUGUAUCACUAUAAUAUUCAAACAGUUUGCAAAAUACUGGAUAAAUGUGGUAAAGCAGUAAUUUCGUCAGAUUUUUUGUUUGCACAUGAAGUAUCAUAUUUGAUAAGCCAUGUAUUUGAGUCCAAAGGUUUGCAAUACUUAUUGAAGAAAGAGACAAGGGUGGAUGCUUAGAUUAUCAUGCACCUUUGUAUUCAGUGUGUUUGCUUUGAAAUUAUAUUACACCAAUUAUCAACUGAACGAGCUGCAAAUACCAUAGACCUCACGUAGGCCUGUGGGAGUAUACUCAUAAUUCCAUUUAUUCACCAGUUUUUCUGUCGAUUUAGCAAUCUAACUGGAUUAGAUUUUAUGAUGAAAAUUGAAAAAAUAGUCAUUAGAAGAGUGAAGGUCAUAUUUUAAAGUGUCUGCCAAGUUAAUCACGCCUCUUGUAUCAAGUGUUACAUGCAACGCUUUGACCAAUGAGCCGUUUUGACUGUCUUUUGAUUAAGUCUUGUAUGAUUAUAAUUUUACCUAUGUUUAACACGUCAUAUCCAUAACCCUUUGAAUGCUUCAGUCCUAUUAGAAAUGCAAGUAGGCUCUACUGGAAAAUUAUCUUCUAUAUUAUUUCUUAUUUUUAAAUGAAUUUAUUUCAUUUAUUUUGCCCUCUUUUAUAACGAUUGACUUUUUUCUGUUUGAUAUUGAGCGGUUUAAUAUAUUUGUUGUUGUUUCUGUCACGAAAAGAAAAUGUAAGAAUAAAAUGAUUAACCAGUUAUGUUCUAUAAAUGAUUCAAAUGCAUUCUGGAUUUUGUUAUCGUCCUGUUCUUGAAAUGAAAUGAAAUACAUACGUACACAUGAUUGAUUUCUGCAUUAUUUUAUUUAUUUCAAGUCAAUUCAAUCAUCGGAAAACAAUCUGCCAAAAAUGACAUUUUUUAUAUAACAUCUCAUCUAGAUAUAAUAUAACUAAUCACUUGUGCUUUACGAAAACAUUGUCCCGUUUUCAUUUCCGUACCAAACCGUGAUCGUAAGAUCGUAAUGAUUUGUCAGAAAUAUUAUAGUACGCUUGUAACAUCAAAAAAAAAUCUCGCUAAUGCUACUCCUACGUCGUACGGUGAAUAAGUACGGUUGGCAAGCUCAACAAAACAAAGUUCAAGAAAGAGUUUGUGGAUAAAUGAAAGCAUUAUGCCCCCCCCCACACACACACACACAUGUGCCAUCCAUCUUCUAAAUCUGAUUGUUUUUUAUGCAUAAUCGUAUAAGGAAUUGUUGUGUUGUCAUAAAGGAAAGAAAGCGCAACACAAUUAAGAAAACAAGCAAAUUCAGCCAUUUUGAUGAUCAAAUACACAAUAGAAUUUCCAACAAGGUAUUCAUAUUGUUUUAGUAAGAAAUAUAACACCUCGAACAUAUUCUAUCCUCUCUCGACGAUUGCCUUUAUAAGAUCUUUGGUGAUCGUUAUCAUUUUUGAUAAAAAAUAAUAAGAAUUACAAGGAAAAGAAAUUACGGAAAUGCAGGCUAAUAAAAUAUUGAAUCUAAACAUCGUUUCGACUACUUUAUAACAUGUAUAAUGCAUAAUAAGAUGGUCGGAGCGAUCUUGGUUAUGUAAGCGGUCUAAUAUAGGCCUACAUAAAAGAU